GGCUUCCUGGGAGACGUAGUCGGGGCCGCGCCGGAGCGCCGUCAGGUUGGCCGUCAGGGAGGCGGCUGAAGAACUACAGCGGCGGAGGGAGGGCGAAGCGGGCCCGGAGCAGGAAGCGUGGGCGCCGCUCAGGGUGCCGGUUUCGAGUCUGCAGGCGCCCCGGGGCUUUUUCCCUGGCCAGGAUGCACCCGUCGUUGGCCGUGGGGCUGGUCUUCGCGGGAUGCUGCAGCAACGUGGUUUUCCUGGAGCUGCUGAUCCGGGAAUUUCCAGGAAGCGGGAAUUUGAUUACGUUUUUUCAGUUCUUCUUCAUAGCUUUGGAGGGUUUCAUCUUUGAAGCAAACUUCGGAAGGAAACCGCCCACAAUCCCUAUCAGGUUCUACCUCAUUAUGGUGGGCAUGUUUUUCACAGUGAGUGUGGUGAACAACUAUGCUCUCAACCUGAACAUUGCGAUGCCCCUGCACAUGAUAUUUAGAUCGGGCUCUUUGAUAGCCAGCAUGGCGCUAGGGAUCAUCAUUCUGAAGAAGAGGUAUACUAUCUCCAAAUACAUCUCUAUAGCUUUGGUCUCUCUGGGCAUUUUCACCUGUACUCUCAUGUCAGCCAAAGAACUGAGCUCUGUGCCGGGUGCGAGUGAAGACGAGGAGAGCAUCUCUGCCUUCCUCUGGUGGCUCCUAGGAAUCGCGGCUUUGACCUUUGCCCUCCUCAUGUCAGCCCUGAUGGGGAUCUUCCAAGAAACCAUCUAUAAGAAGUUUGGAAAACACUCCAAGGAAGCUCUCUUCUACAAUCAUGCCCUUCCACUUCCGGGAUUUCUCUUCCUGGCUCCGGAUAUUUACAGGCAUGGACUUCUCUUCAAUCAAACCAGACUCAUCCAAAUGCCGUUGAUUGGGCUCAGCUUACCCACCAUGUGGUUGUAUCUCAUGAUGAAUGUCAUAACUCAAUACAUCUGCAUCCGGGGGGUCUUCAUCUUGACCACCGAGUGCACCUCCUUGACGGUCACGCUGGUCGUGACGCUGCGGAAGUUCGUCAGCCUGAUCUUUUCCAUCCUCUACUUCCAGAACUCCUUCACCGUCUGGCAUUGGCUGGGCACCUUCUUGGUCUUUGUGGGGAUGUUGUUGUAUACGGAAGUGUGGAAAAAUCUGGGAUUCGUCCGACCCUGUGGGGCCAAGAAGGUGGAGAAGAAGCAGGAAUGAUGAUGGGGAGCCUUCCGUUGGACUGAGGCCUUUAUUCUUGCUCGAGCGUUUCGCACCGUUAGGACGGAAAAGGAGUCCGAUUCUUCGCUGGCAGGAAUUGACGUGUUGAUUUUUGUAACGCAACCAUCGUAACUCUUGGCUGGGCCAAGCUGGCGCCACCUCCCUUAUAGAAGGGAUAAUGGUUUUUUGCAUCUUUCGGUUGUCGAGGUGACAAUGAUAAGGCGGUUUCUUUGACUGAAGAGGAUUGGAGGACCUCCUGCAACUCCAUUAAUUGGGCAAUUUUGCCCCCAAAGUUUGCAAAAAAAACCAACCCAAAUAUUCAGCAUCGGUUUCUUUCGGUUCAUGGAUAUCAACUGAUUGGGCUCAAACUCAGACUUUAAAACAAAUACGUGGUGGUGCGGCGGCCUAGAGUUGGAGCUCUCGCCUCACAAUCGGGAGCCUGUGAGUUCGAUCCUAGGUAGAGGCAGAUAUUUCUCUCUCUCUGUGCACGGUGAGAAUAUAUCUGCUGAACAAAACUCCGUAUUGGCAACAGGAAGGGCAACCGGUCAUUAAACACUUUGCUAGCUCCAUUCAGUUUCCCGGACUCCACCCCGCAAGGGAUUAUGGGAUCAUUAAAACAACAACAAGAAGAUGAUGAUAUGUGGAAGUUGCUCUAUGAUAGUCUGGUUUACAGUGUAGAAAUGGCCCGUUCUCCCAUUUCUUGAGUGAUCCAGUCAUGGUUGAAGAACAUCUGCAGAAGCUUGAGGUCUGCUGGGGACAGAAGAGCCAUGCCAGUGAGAACUGGGUGUCCUUGGCCAGGUGUGGGUUAAGGUGCUUUGGGGUUGGAGGGGAGCGUUGAUCACCCAUUUGUCAUCUUGGCCCAACCAGUAUCAUCCAAAGUUGGUCCCUCAGAAAUCAGAUGGACUAAGCAGUAGCUCGCUCUCUGUCUGUUAAUUGGUGAAUAGAAGGUAGGCUAGAUAGUUCUCCAGAUCUUUCUCCCCGAUACACACGAAGAAACCAAAUCUCACGACCUUCAUCUAAAAUAGAGAUGUCCAAUCUUGGUCCCUUUAAGACCUGUGGACUUCCAACGUCCAGAAUUCCAUAGCCAGCAGGGUUGGUUGUGGCAUUCUGGGAAGUCUACAGGUCUUAAAAGUGGCCAAGGUUGGACAUCCCCUGGUCUAGAUACCUAAGUGUCCCUAGAUAGAAACGGGCCUAUUGGCGAAGGACAAGGAAGACUAUCCAACUUUCUUGAAAGGCAAAAUCUUGGCCAAACGGGAUGACUAUCCCUCCGGUUCCUUUGGGACAAUCCAGAGCAGUCUUCCUCGACCUCAACAACUUCAAGAAGACAUGUAGACUUCAACAUGUCACAAGAAAGUCUGGGAGUCCACGCAACUUCUGAAAAGUUGUUGAGGUUGAGAGGCGCAGAUGAGAUUGAGAUUGUUCCAGAAUUUCUUCAGAUGUUCUCCUGUUCUUUGGUGAGAGUCUGAAUGGAGAUGGCUGGCCAGGAACGACGGAAUAAGCCAGACCACUAUGAACCAACUGGGAAACUGGUUUCUGAAUUGAUCUAAAAUGGGAGCUCUGCAAAGGUUCCUGGUCUAUCUAGGGAGCCUUCUUGUCUGCCACAAGGUCGUCUCCAAACCAGGUCUCCAUCGGAACAUACAUAUCCACCUGUACCUGCUCCCCUUCCUGACCAUGAGUUUUAAGAAAGCUCAUUUUUUUACUGUGCGAUCGCCUCCUUUAAACGUCCGUAGAUUUUGAGGGUUUAUUUUUUUAUUUUUGCGAUGUUUGUGCAUAUUUAUAAUCUGCGUUGACAAGCAAGUAGAGUUGUUUUCCUCGGUGCUAUGAAUCCGUGUUCCUCAACAACUUUUUAAGAUGCGUGGACUUCCAACUCCCAGAAUCCCCCAGUAUGGCGAAUUCUGGGAGUUGAAGUCCAUGCUUCUUAAACUUGCUAGGUUGAGGAACACAAAUAAUGGAGAAGUAUUUUCUUUCUUCUUUUAUCCGUAAAUGCAUCUCAUCCGGUUACUUUGGUGAAGUGGUUAAGGCACCAGAAAUCGGGAGACCGUGAGUUCUAGUCCUGUUUUAGGCACAAAGCCUUAAAAACUGAGCCACCCAUUUUUUCUGAGCCCUGGGAAGGAGAAAGUGGCAAACCGGUUCCAAAAAACCUUGCCAACAAACCUGCCUAGCUUUGUCUAGUCACUGAGAAUCAGGAAAGGUUGACUUUUUUUUAAAAAAGCACCAUUUUUGUUCUUAUCAUUUUUGGGUGAACUUCCCCAUCUUCACCGUAGCCGAAUUGGGUUGUGUUAAAUUGCGAUGCCCUGGAAUUGUUCGCAUCUGGGCCUUUGCAGGUUUCUUUAGGAUGCAUGCACGCAAACAUGGUUGGGGGGGUUCAAAGCACUCCCUUAAAAGAUAGAAUGGCAGCAAGCAAGCACCCAGCCAGAUAAAUUAGGUUCCCCUUAAACCUGGUUUGUUUUUUCCCACUGUCGCGUAGCAGUUUUGUGAAAAGCCAACCUCUGAGUUGAACACUUGGUGUCAACCCAGAAAAGUGAUUCAUUGACAUAACUCGGUUAAGCCUGUUGCGGGUUUUGCAAGACCUCUUCUUCGUUGGCCAAAGAUGGUUUCCUGUCUCAGUUAGUUGCUCAAAUGCAGGCUUGGUUUAGCGGCUGCAAAGAGUGCAAGUCACUUUGUUCCUUUCUUCCUCCGUUGCUUGAAGCCAACACGAAGAAGCCAUCGUUCUUGAACGGCGUUUGGCCCAACCACAAAUAAACCCACAUUGUAUUAGCUAGCCAACCAAUGUAGACGUACUGUGUUUGUUGCAGGAAAAAUUAAGCACAGAAGCCCCCUUUGUUGUGAACAUCAAAUCUGGUUCGUCUCGUGAGCACAAUCGUUCUCAUAUUUCAUGGUAAUUCUGGUAUUUUCUGUCCACACGAUACCUCACCCCAUCCCACACGCCGGGAAUAAGGUUUGGAUAGGAUUCUCUCACCAUAAACUUCAUCUGAGUAUUGAGACGCCCGAUGUUUUAAGCAAGAAGAUAAUUUUAAGCCAUCCCUUGAAGGUCUUGGGUUUGAAAAGAGGAACUUUUGCAAGGCGUAAAGGGAUUGUAGUAUGGGUGUCUCUUAAAAAAAAAAAUUAUGUGGGUCCUGGCUGAAAAGA